GAGCCCAAACAGCUCCACCCAAGGCCGAGGCCGAGGGCCGAGUCAGCCCCACCGCCCUGCAGCCCCGGUCAGCGCACCGCCCGUGCCCCGGUGGAGGCGGCCCACCUCCCCACCCGCGCCCUCCCAGUCCCAGCCGCCCCAAGCUAAUCAAAUCACCGAGGAUCAUCUCCACUUUCUCUCAUCGGAAGCGGUACGCCCACUCCGCUUGCGUGCGGGCCGCAUCCUAAGCCGCCCAUCUCCGGGCGGUGCCCUGACUCACUACCAAACAAAACCACACCAUUUCAUUAUCACGCCCCCUUGUCUUCCCCACCACCACCGCCGCCGCCGCCUCCUCCUCCUCUUCCUCCUCAUCAUCAUCCGUGAUGGCCGCCGCUCCCAACUCCUCCCAGAGCCAUCCUCCCCCUUCCCCCACCGAACCUGGAUCCCCCUCCCUGUCCCCCUCCUCCGAUAGAUCUCCCUCGCCUCCCUCCCGACCGGCCUCCCUCCCUCCUCCGCCUCCCCCCUCCGCACCCUCCGCCUCCCGCCGCCUCGCCGCCCCCAUCUGGAACCACGAGGAAACCCUCGCCCUCAUCGACGCCUAUCGCGAAAAGUGGUACGCCCUCCGCCGCGGCAACCUCCGCGCUCCCCACUGGGAGGAGGUCGCCGACGACGUCGCCCGACGCUGCCCCUGCGGCCUCUCCCCGCCCAAGACCGCCGUCCAGUGCCGCCACAAGGUCGAGAAGAUCCGCAAGCGCUACCGCAGCGAGAUGCAGAAGUCCCUCCGCCUCGAUCCUUCCCUCGCCCCAGUCUCCUCCUGGGUCUACUUCCCCAUGAUGGACGCCAUGGAACAUGGAGGCGGUCCCCGCCGCCCCCUCUCCUUUCCUUCUAUUGCCGCGCCCCCACCCCCUUCCGACGACGACGACGACGAAGAGGAGCUAGACGAAGACAAUAACGACGACGACGACGACGACUUCGACGCGCGCCGCGGGCCCGGCGUAUGGGGCAACAGCCGCUCCGCGCACCUCCAGAUGGCCAACGGCCGGGGAGGGAUCGGCGAACUCACCUUCUCGAUCCCGAAGGCGGUGCGAUCUAAGAUCUCUAGGGCCGAGGACAGGUCCGCCUCGAAUUACAUCACGAGCCCUAACCCUACGACCCGAUUCUUCAAGGGUCACGGAGGCGGCAGCGGCCGGCAGCCCGCGAUGGAGGAGAUGCGACGGAACCUGGAGAAGAAACGAAGGCGGCGGGUGGAAACGGAACAGACCACCGCCGUCAGCGACAUGGUCGCGGCGGUGAGGAUGCUGGGCGAUGGGUUUCUGAGGAUGGAGCAGAGGAAGCUGGAGAUGGCGAGGGAGAUGGAGAAAGAGAGAAUGGAGAUGGAGAUGAAGCGCACAGAACUCAUCCUCGACUCACAGCGCAGGAUUCUGGAUGCCUUCCUCAAGGGCUUCUCUGCAAAGAAGCGAGCUAAGGUCUCGCCGGAGGACUCAUAAGGUCUUUUCUCCUUCUUCCUUUCUGGCUCGCUCCUUCAUUAGUUUUCUUGAUGUAGAAGGCUUUGAGUGUUACUUUUUUUAGCUUAUUCAAUACUGCUUUGCUCUGCUCUUUAUUGCUUUGCUAA